AUGGAAAAGGGGCAUAAUAUCACUGUAUUUAUUCUCCUGGGACUCUCCCAAAACAAAAACACUGAAAUCUUUUACUUUGUAUUAUUUUUAUUUUGCUAUCUUGCUAUUUGGCUGGGGAAUGUGCUCAUAAUGAUUUCUAUCACACGCUCGCAGCUAAUUGACCAGCCCAUGUAUUUCUUCCUGAAUUAUCUCUCCCUCUCGGACCUUUGUUAUACAUCCACAGUGACAGCCAAGCUAAAGACUGACCUACUAGCAGAAAGAAAGAUGAUUUCCUAUAGUAACUGCAUGCUACAGCUUUUUAGCACCCAUUUAUUUGGAGGCAUCGAGAUCUUCAUCCUCACGGGGAUGGCCUACGACCGCUACGUGGCCAUCUGCAGGCCGCUGCACUACACUGUAAUCAUGAGCAGGCCCAGGUGUAACUGGAUCAUCUCAGCCUGUUGUUCUGGGGGAUUCCUGCACUCGGCCAGCCAGCUCCUCCUCACCGUCUUCUUACCGUUCUGUGGUCCCAAUGAGAUAGACCACUACUUCUGCGAUGUGUACCCUUUGCUGAAGUUGGCUUGCACGGACACACGCACAGUUGGUCUCUUGGUCAUUGCUAAUUCAGGCUUAAUUGCUUUGGUGAUCUUUGUUGUCUUGAUGUUGUCUUACUUUUUCAUACUGCAUGCCUUAAGAGCACGUUCAGUGGAGAGCCGCACCAAAGCGCUUUCCACCUGCAGCGCUCAC